AUGGUGCGAGCAUGGUGGGGUAUGGUUGAGUAUGGUGCGAGUAUUCUAGAGUAUGGUGGGGUAUGGUGGAGUAUGGCGCGAGUAUGGUGGAGUAUGGUGGAGUAUGAUGCGAGUAUGGUGGAGUAUGAUGCGAGUAUGGUGGAGUAUGGUGCGAGUAUGGUGGAGAAUGGUGGUAUCAAGUCCUGCCACAGACCUGAGUCCUGCCACAGCCCUGAGUCCUGCCACAGCCCUGAGUCCUGCCACAGCCCUGAGUCCUGCCACAGAUCAAGUCCUGCCACAGCCCUGAGUCCUGCCACAGACCUGAGUCCUGCCACAGACCUGAGUCCUGCCACAGACCUGAGUCCUGCCACAGCCCUGAGUCCUGCCACAGACCUGAGUCCUGCCACAGACCUGAGUCCUGCCACACCCCUGAGUCCUGCCACAGCCCUGAGUCCUGCCACAGACCUGAGUCCUGCCACAGACCUGAGUCCUGCCACACCCAUGAGUCCUGCCACAGACCUGAGUCCUGCCACAGCCCUGAGUCCUGCCACAGACCUGAGUCCUGCCACAGCCCUGAGUCCUGCCACAGCCCUGAGUCCUGCCACAGCCCUGAGUCCUGCCACAGACCUGAGUCCUGCCACAGACCUGAGUCCUGCCACAGACCUGAGUCCUGCCACAGCCCUGAGUCCUGCCACAGCCCUGAGUCCUGACACAGCCCUGAGUCCUGCCACAGACCUGAGUCCUGCCACAGACCUGAGUCCUGCCACACCCCUGAGUCCUGCCACAGACCUGAGUCCAGCCACAGCCCUGAGUCCUGCCACAGACCUGAGUCCUGCCACAGACCUGAGUCCUGCCACAGCCCUGAGUCCUGCCACAGACCUGAGUCCUGCCACAGCCCUGAGUCCUGCCACAGCCCUGAGUCCUGCCACAGACCUGAGUCCUGCCACAGCCCUGAGUCCUGCCACAGACCUGAGUCCUGCCACAGCCCUGAGUCCUGCCACAGUCCUGAGUCCUGCCACAGCCCUGAGUCCUGCCACAGCCCUGAGUCCUGCCACAGACCUGAGUCCUGCCACAGCCCUGAGUCCUGCCACAGUCCUGAGUCCUGCCACAGUCCUGAGUCCUGCCACAGCCCUGAGUCCUGCCACAGACCUGAGUCCUGCCACAGAUCAAGUCCUGCCACAGAUCAAGUCCUGCCACAGACCUGAGUCCUGCCACAGCCCUGAGUCCUGCCACAGAUCAAGUCCUGCCACAGAUCAAGUCCUGCCACAGCCCUGA